AUGCAGCUAAAAUCAUCUCCAUGUGAUGCCUCCAUCCUCAAGAAAAAGAAGAAGAAGAAGAGCAGCAAGCCCAAGGAAAACUCCAAGCACUUCAAAGCCAAGCUUGCUGAGGCCGGUGUUGCCGAGGAGGAUGGCAAGGAAAGCCACGAGGAAGUGCCAGAGGGCGACCCCGGGCCCGGUGCUGAUCAUCACUUCUCUCUCAUUCAGAAAAACAAUCCCGACAUGAUUCCUGGCAGCGGCAAGUCUUACAAGAUUCCAGCUCCCCAGUGCUUGCGUGAGGGUAUUCGUAGAGCCAUUUUCGCCAACAUUGCCGAAAUCUGCACACACAUGAAUCGGAGAUUUGUUUCCGUCACCCAGCUUACCGCUAUCGAAGAGCACUGCAGGUCCUUCUCGUUCGCUGAGUUGGAUAAUAGUGGUAGUGUCGACGGCUCACGUCGGCUGAUAAUCAAGGGUCGACUCUAG